AUGUUGGGUGUGCCGAAGACAACUUUGCCAACUGUGUUGAUGUUCAGAAAUCAUUCUUUAGAUCUAAAAACAUCAUAGAGAUAACAGAGGAUGUAUUCUGUGAAGGACAACAGAAAUUCGUUGACUGUAUAGCAGCCAAAUGUCCCAUAGGCCAUGCAGUCAGCACACUUAUGGUGUAUCUGAGAGAGUCUCAGCUGAUGAACAAACAGAACAUGUGCCCAAACUUAGCAUUUGAAGCAUUAAUGAAGGCUACAGAUGGCAGCUUUUCUUCAGUCAAAGAAUUAGAUAAUUAUGUGACAGUAACAAACAAGUGUGAGAAAAAAGUCUACAGGCGAUGCUUGGUCAACUACGCAGAGAGUAUAUCGCUAGGGAUGAACCCAUGCUUAGCAACCAUGCAGGCACUACAUUGUGUGGAACGCAACACAAUAAUGGGUUGUCAUGGUGAUGAUGUUGCAGCAAGACCAUAUAAAGUAACAUACGCUCUUGCUAAUAAAGCUUUUGCUAAGCUUGUCAUGGCUGGGAAGUGCGACAAAUUCACUGAUACAUGGAAAUACACAGCCCAGAGCAUGAAUGACAUUAAACAACAAUUUCGACAAAUAAUGCCAACAGUGGGACCUACUCCAGGAAGAUAGAAAACAUCAUUAAAGGACUUAAACAUGAACUUGUAUUUAAAAAGAAUCUGAAUCCC